AUGUUGCCUUUUUACGUUCUUGCCGUCCUUGUCGCAGGGGUGCGGGCAUCUCUGACGUAUAAAGGCGUGGACUGGUCUUCGCUCUUGAUUGAAGAGGCAGCUGGUUAUACUUACAAGACGACUUCGGGAACGACGGAACCACUCGAGACCAUCUUGAAGGCCAGCGGAGUCAACACUGUCAGACAAAGGCUAUGGGUCAACCCAUCAAGUGGCGACUAUAACCUGGCCUACAAUCUCAAGCUUGCGGCACGUGCAAAGGCUGCUGGGUUGAAUAUCUAUCUCGAUAUGCAUUUCAGCGACACUUGGGCUGAUCCUUCUCACCAGACCGUCCCUUCCGGCUGGCCAACCGACACGAUCGGCGACCUCACAUGGGAACUCUACAACUACACUCUCGCCGUCUCAAACGCCUUCGCAGCAGCCGACAUCCCCCUCUCCAUCGUCUCGAUCGGCAACGAAAUCACCAACGGUCUCCUCUGGAACCUCGGCUCCACAUCCUCAUAUUACAACAUCGCAACCCUCCUCCACUCCGCAUCCGCAGGAAUCAAAGCUUCAAAACUGACGACCCAACCAAAGAUCAUGAUCCACCUCGACAACGGCUGGAACUGGGCCACCCAGAAAUACUGGUACACCACCGUCCUCGGCGAAGGUCCAUUACUCAGCACUGACUACGACAUCAUGGGCGUAUCCUACUACCCCUUCUACAACAGCGCCGCCACGCUCGCUUCGUUCAAGACUUCCCUAACGGACAUGGCGUCCAGCUGGGGCAAAUCCAUAGUAGUAGCCGAGACGAACUGGCCGGAAGCGUGUCCGAGUCCCGCGUACAGCUUCCCCUCGGACACGACGAGCAUCCCGUUCAGCGCCGCGGGGCAGACGACGUGGGUGAAGGACGUGGCGGCUGUUGUUGCGGGGGUGUCGGGCGGUGCCGGAUUGUUUUAUUGGGAACCAGCGUGGAUUCAGAAUGCGGGAUUGGGGAGUAGUUGUUCAGAUAAUUUGAUGGUGGAUCAGAGUGGGACGGCGAGGAGUAGUUUGGCUGUGUUUGCGGCGAUUUGA